AUGGCAACAGCCCACACCACAGCAACGCCAACAACCCCGCAAGCACGCAAAGUCCCCCCAGCCACGCAACAGCCCUACGCUCCGCCCGUCAACAGCACUGCCCGCAAGUCCCACCGCAAUCUAACCCACAGUCGCCAGCACGCACAACAGCCCACGCACCAGCACCGCAACACCAGCCACGACCAGCCCAAUCAAGCCCCCGCACCCAACCAGCCCGCAAUACACAACGCCAACAAGGCACCGCACUGCCCCUCUAGCCACUCGCAACAAAGCCCACGACUCAGCCGCUCAACAGCCAACCGCAACAAGCCCGGCACAACCGCACCGCACAACCCGCGACCGCAACAAGCCCGCCCCAGCACCCAACAACAGCUCCCUCCAGCACCGCAACAACGCCCCACCUGCAACAAGCCCAUCGCCCAGCACCGCAACAAGCCCCAUCCCCAGCACCGCAACAACCCCCCAUGCCCUCACACCCAGCACCGCAACAGCCCCCCCCAGCACCGCAACAAGCCACCCAGCACCGCAACAAGCCCACGCCCCAGCAACCGCAAACAAGCCCACCCCAGCAUCCGCAACAAAGCCCACCCACGCACCGCACUAAGACCCACGCCCAGCACCGCAACAAGCCACCCCCAGCACCUACCACAAGGCCCUACCGCAGCAUCCCCCAGAGUACCACGACGCCCCACCGCACAGCACCCAAGCCCCCUACAGCCCCGCGAGCACCGCAAAAGCCCACGCCCCAGCACCGCAAGCAAGCCGCAUCCCAGCAACGCCGCAACACGACCGCCACGCCCCAGCACCCAACAAGCCCACCCCAGCACCGCAACAAGCCCGCACCGCAACAAGCCCCCUCCGCAGCACCGGCAACUAAGCCACGCCCAGCACCGCAACAAGCCCACUCCCCAGCACCGCACAAGCCCCCGCCCCAGCACCGCGAACAAGCCCACUCCCCAGCACCGCAAACAAGCCCACGCCCCAGCACCGCAACAAGCCCGCCCCAGCACCGCAACAAGCCCACGCCACAGCACCGCAAUAAGCCCACGCCCCAGCACCGCAACAAGCCCACGCCGCAGCACCGCAAACAAGCCACGCCGCAAGCACGCAACAAAGCCCACCCCCAGCACCGCAACAAGCCCACGUCCCCAGCACCGCAAACAAGCCCACGCCCUAGACGCACAGCCCACCCAGCACCGCAACAAGCCCACGCCCACGCACCGCAAACAAGCCCACGCCACAGCACCGCAACAAUGCCCACGCCCCAGCACCGCUAAUAAGCCCACGUUAGCACCUCAAAAGCAUCCCCACUGCAAACAAGCCCACUCCCCAGCACCGCAACAAGCCCACGCCGCAAGCACCGCAACAAGCCAGUACCGCAACAAGCCCCCGUCGCAGCACUGCAACAAGCCAGUACCGCAACAAGCCCACGCUGCAGCACUGCAACAAGCCUGCACCGCAAACACGCCCACGCUACAGCACCGCAAACAAGCCCACGCCACAGCACCGCAACAAGCCCAGCGCACAGCACCGAAACAAGCCCACGCCACAGCACCGAAACUAAGCCCACACCCAGCACCGCAACAAGCCCACUCCCCAGCACCGCAACAAGCCCACGCCACAGCACCGCAACAAGCCCACGCUACAGCACCGCAACAAGCCCACGCCACAGCACCGCAACAAGCCCACCCACAAAAAGCCCACGCCACAGCACCACAACAAAGCCCACAGCACCGCAACAAGCCCAUUCCCCAGCACCACAACAAGCCCACGCCCCAGCACCACAACAAGCCCACACCACAGCACCGCAACAAGCCCGCAGCACCGCAACAAGCCCACGCCCGAGCACCGCAACAAGCCCACGCUCCAGCACCGCAACACAACCACACGCCAACCCACGCCCCCAGCACAGCCACAAGCCCAGCCCAGCACCGCAACAAGCCAGCACUGCAACAAGCCCACGCCCCAGCACCGCAACAAGCCACGCCCCGCACCCAACGCACGCAACAAGCCCACGCCCCAGUACCGCAACAAGCCCAGUACCCGGCGCAACAAGCCCCCGUCGCGGCACCGCAACAAGCUGCACUGCAACAAGCCAAGCCAGCACUGCAACAAGCCUGCACGCAACAAGCCCACCUGCAGCACUGCAACAAGCCUGCCAACCGCGCACAGAAAGCCUGA